GUGGACUACACAUGAUUAUGAUCUUCAUACUAUUCCAACUUUACAAGUUGUGGCCAAUCCUCUUUUAGCACGACAAUUUUCACCUAUCUACAAGCAAAUCUUUGCAAGUUUGAAACAACUUAAUGCUGAAUAUGCUCGAUAUGCUGUUUGGUUUCCUUAUCCAAAAUUAGCUGUUGCUGAACUUGAUCCUCCAUCAGGUUUAUUUCAAUGUGGUAAUGUUGGUGAAGAUUUUUCAAUAAAUCUAUCAUGUGAACAAAGUGGUGGAGUGAUAAGUAAAGUUGAUUUUGCAUCGUAUGGAACGUCAAGUGGUGCAUGUGGUGAAAUGCAACAAGGAAAAUGUCAUGCAGCAAAUAGUUCAGAAAUUGUUCAACGAGUGUGUAUUGGACAAAAAACAUGUAGUGUUCCAGCAACGAGUGAUCUCUUUGGUGAUCCAUGUAAAGGCACAGCAAAACGAUUACUUAUUCAAAUUCAAUGCAACCCACCACAAAAUAAUACUUACUAUAACUUUACUUAUCUUGACACAAUGUUAGAAGAUUUCCUCGAUGCUACUGAUGGUCAUUCACGCAUUAUUUCAUUUUCAACUCAACCAAACUGGCUCUUUAAACAAGAUACACCUCAUAUUUAUCCUGACAAUGCUUCAUUAGCUGAUUGGGGAUAUCCAGUUGGUACAGUAUUAGUUGACGAUACUAUGCAAGCAUUAGGUGAUUACUAUGGACGUCUCUUUGCAUGGUAUACUAGAGGUGGUUUUAUUGAUGAAUAUGGUCGAAAACAUACAUCUAACUAUGAAUAUAAUUGGGAUUAUACUGAAAUAUUCAAUGAAGUUGAAUCAGAACAUCAUAUGAGUGUUGAAUUUUAUACUCGAGCAUAUGAUGCAGUCAUUCAAGGUAUUCGAAGACAUACAAAUAAUUAUGAUAUGAAAUAUGUUGGAAUGGCAUUAGGAGGACAUAAUGAGUUUGAUUGGUAUCGAUAUUUUCUUAAUCAUUCAAAUCAUGCUCCUGAUAUUCCACUUGAUAUGAUCUCGUACCAUUUCUAUGCAUUAGCUAAUUCUCGAACUGAUCCAAAAGACUGGGAAAUAUUUUUCAGUCAACUUGAUACUUUUACAUUUGAAGUUGAACAAAUUGAAGAAAUUCGAAAAAUUCUUUCACCAGAAACAAGAACAACAAUUGAUGAGUUAGGAGUUAUACUUCCUGAUGAUAACACUCCAGGGGCACCCCAGUUUCCUAUGAUAUAUUGGAAUGCUGCAGCUGCACUCUAUGCUUAUGCAUGGGCAAGAAUAUCUCGACAAGGAAUCGAUGUUGUUGGUCAUAGUCAACUUGUUGGUUAUCCAGAAUUAUCUGAUCUUCAACUACAACCACAAUAUCCGAGUGUUGCCUUGCUCAAUUGGACUACAGGUCAAGGAACAGCUGAAUAUUGGACAUCAAAACUUCUGAUUGAAACAACUGAUAUUGAUAAUGAUCAAGCUGUUGUAACACAAACAACAGAUGUUAGUGGAGAAAAUAUCUUUAGUCAAGGAUUUAUUGGUAAAAAUGGACAUCGAUGGGUUUUGAUUAUUAAUAAACGAUAUGCUAAUGUUGAUGUAUUUUUACCUGGAAGUACUGGUGGUCGAAUGCAAAUUAUCAAUGAAGCAUCAGGUUUUGGACCAGCAACUGAAGUGACAUUAACUUUGAGUAGAAUAACAUUAAGUCCAUUUGCUGUCGCUGUUGUUCAUAUGCCGCCUGACGACAUGAAAUGA